UGGCAUCCUGCCAGAAAAGGGGGAGCCUAGCAAAGUCUGGGCUGUUCCCACCAGGCUCUACCCAUAAAAGGAUAAGAGCCUCACCAGAGAGAGAGGGGCUAAUCUCCACUCAGCUGGCAAUUGAGUUUCUGGCAGGGCAGGAGGGGAAGAUGACCAUAAACCAAAUCGGUUUCCUCCUGUUUAUCAUCCUGGCCAUCAGAAGUUGCAGCGCUGAUGAAGGAAACGUGGAUACCGACAGAUGGAUCAAUCCUGUGCCUUCCGUUCUGUUCAGAAGCUGCAAGGAAAUCAAGCAGGAGAUAACUAGGGCACCAAAUGGCAUCUAUUUCCUCCGCACGAAGAAUGGUGUCAUCUACCAGACCUUCUGUGACAUGACCACUGCAGGUGGUGGCUGGACCCUGGUGGCCAGUGUGCAUGAGAACAACAUGCUUGGGAAGUGCACAGUGGGCGAUCGCUGGUCCAGUCAGCAAGGCAACAGAAUCGACUACCCAGAGGGGGAUGGCAACUGGGCCAACUACAACACCUUUGGGUCUGCAGAGGGGGCCACAAGUGAUGACUACAAGAACCCUGGCUACUUUGACAUCCAGGCAGAAAACCUGGGUAUCUGGCAUGUUCCCAACAAGAGCCCCCUGAAAAAUUGGAGGAACAGCUCCCUGCUGAGGUACCACACCUCCACUGGCUUCCUGCAGGACAUGGGUCACAAUCUGUUUGGCCUGUACCAGAAUUACUCAGUGAAAUAUGGAGCAGGGAAGUGUGGGACUGAUAAUGGCCCAGCAAUACCUGUGGUCUAUGACUUUGGUGAUGCUCAGAAGACAGCCGCUUAUUACUCCCCCUUUGGCCAGAAAGAAUUCACUGCAGGAUACAUCCAAUUCAGAGUGUUUAAUACUGAGAAAGCAGCCAAUGCCUUGUGUCCUGGGAUGAGGGUCACUGGAUGUAACACUGAGCAUCACUGUAUUGGUGGAGGAGGAUUCUUCCCAGAAGCUAACCCCCUACAGUGUGGCGACUUCUCUUCAUUUGAUGGGAGUGGAUAUGGAACUCAUGUUGGGUACAGCAGUAGCCGGGAGAUAACUGAAGCAGCUGUCCUUCUGUUCUAUCGUUGAGAUCUCUGUGAUGUGGGACCCAGACUUCUUCUGUAGUCUGUAGACUCACAUGCAGGGCAAAAAACUAGUAACAUUGAAUUCAUUUUUUUUUAAAGACAGGAUUUCUCUGUGCAGUUUUGGUACCUGUCCUGGAUCUCACUCUGUAGACCAGGCAGGCGUUGAACUCACAGAGAUCCACCUGGCUCUGCCUCAUGAGUGCUGGGAUUAAAGGUGUGUGCCACUGCUGCCCAGCUUAACAUUGAAUUCUAAUGGCACAGAAAAGAAAAAUAAA